AUGGAGGACAAGAUGCUGCCGACUUUCUGCUCCGCCCCCUGCGGCUCCACCUGGCUCUGGUGCCUCCUGAUGGUCCUGACGGCUCUGCUCCCUGCUCUCGGGGGCGACCUCAACGAGAUGUGUGCCGGCAGGGACUGCUCCACCUGUCAGUGUUUCCCCGCCAAAGGAGCAAGGGGUUCUCCGGGCCCUCUGGGGCAGCAGGGUCCUCAGGGGCCUCUGGGCUUCCCAGGCCCUCUGGGGCCUCUGGGACAGAAGGGCGACAGAGGAGACGAGGGGCCGAUGGGGGGCAGAGGACCGAAGGGAGACGUGGGAAGCAUUGGCGUUCCCGGUUUUCCUGGUUUGGAAGGAAUCCCGGGUCACCCGGGUCCGGCUGGAGGUCCUGGUUUUCCGGGUCUGGACGGGUGUAACGGGACCAGAGGAGAGAGAGGAGACCCUGGACUUCCAGGAGAAACCGGACCCGACGGAGAACCGGGUUCUGAAGGACUGAAAGGGUUCCCAGGAGAUCCAGCCGUCGACUUUUUACAGUACCCAGGAGUACCUGGAGACGUUGGUUCCGCUGGACCUCCGGGUCGUCAGGGGGAACCAGGUCUCCCCGGGCCGGUUGGGUUUCGGGGUCCAUCGGGACCAGAUGGAACCAACGGUUACCCGGGUCGGCCUGGCUCCAGGGGUCCACCUGGAGAAAGAGGUCGUUCUCUGCCUGGACAGAAAGGAGACGAGGGGUAUCAGGGUCUCCAGGGGCAACCAGGUCCAUUUGAGUACGUCGACCCUCCAGAAGACCGGUACCUCAAAGGAGAUAAGGGUUCUCAGGGGCCUAAAGGAGUCUGUGGAAGGCAAGGAAUGUCGGGUUUGGACGGUCUCACCGGGAUCAAAGGGGAGAAAGGGAUUGUGGGAUUUCCAGGUUCCAGGGGGUUUUCAGGUAACCCUGGUCGUCCCGGAGAAAGAGGAUUCAAGGGGAUUCAAGGGAGUCCGGGUCUUCCGGGUCUGAUUGGUCGAGAUGGUCCAAAGGGCAUGCUGGGAAAUCCAGGUCCCAAAGGCCUCCCCAGGGACGUGGACGUAACACACUCAGGUGACAUCGGAGAUCCCGGGGCCCCCGGACCAAGGGGCCCUCCAGGAGACAUCGGACCAAUAGGAAUCCAGGGCCGCACCGGAGCCCGUGGCAGGUCCAUACCCGGUCCGGCGGGCGCCGUGGGUCCGAGGGGAGCUCCAGGAUGCAAAGGGGACAAAGGAGAUCCGGGUCAGGUGUACCAAUGCGUACCCACGCCUGGAGAACCUGGAAAACCGGGUUUUUCUGGCAUAAAAGGAAUGAAAGGACAACAGGGGUUUCCAGGUACUUACUGUGUGCCCGGGACCCUGGGAGAAUCUGGGGAUCCAGGUGAUCAGGGUCCAAAGGGGGCCCAAGGGUUUCCAGGAAUCAAAGGUAGCCACGGCGACUGUUCUUGUGGUCCACCAGACAAACUGAUGGGCCCUCCCGGCAGAGUGGGUGACCCCGGGUCUUCAGGGUUUCCUGGACCUCCGGGGGCCCCGGGGCUGAGAGGAGACAAUGGUUUUCCCGGAGACACGGGAGAAAGUGGACCGCAGGGUCUGGGUGGAUAUCCAGGUGUCAACGGGUUCAAAGGUCAAAAGGGGGAUUUCAGUGUGGUGGAUUUUAAAGGUGAGAAAGGAAACCGGGGCCAGUCGGGACCUGUAGGCCAACAGGGGUUUUUAGGGAGAAGAGGACUUGACGGGCCCCAGGGGACCCCAGGAGACCCCGGCCCUGAGGGAGAAAGUCAUGUGAGUUCUCCUGGAGAUAGAGGCCUCCCUGGACUUCGAGGGCCAAAGGGCUUGUCAGGAGCUUCUGGGCCCCCGGGUCAGGGUAUAGUUGGAGCAUUAGGACAGCGUGGGGGCCCCGGGGACCCGGGACCAACUGGCUUCCCAGGGGCCCCAGGACCGAAGGGGGUAAGAGGGGACAAUCUGCCCUGUGUGCCCAGAAACCCCGGCCCCCCGGGAGAGAAAGGAGACACUGGAGAUGAAGGUUACAGAGGGCUGCCAGGUCCUCCAGGGUUUCGUGGCCUCAGUGGACCUGAUGGACUUAAAGGUAACAGAGGUCAGCCUGGACUGCCUGGACCACGUGGACGCGAAGGACCUCAAGGUUUUGUUGGUGACACCGGAGAAGAAGGACGUGAAGGCAUCAGCUUUAGUGGAGAUCCAGGUGUUCCGGGGCUCCCCGGCUCUUCUGGACUCAGAGGCCCAGCGGGUGACUCUGCUGUUGGGCCCUCAGGACCCAUUGGCUUUCCAGGACGACCGGGCCCUCAAGGACCUAAAGGGGUCCCCGGCCCCCCAGGGAUCAACGGACUGGAAGGACUCCCCGGUCUGGCAGGGGCCGCCGGUGUCAAGGGCCAGAGAGGACAGGAUGGGGCACCGGGUAUAACCGGCCCUCAGGGGCUCACAUACAACUCCUGUGAUGCAGGGAAGCCUGGUUCCAGGGGCCUUUUAGGCCCUCUAGGACCUGUAGGACCUCCAGGUUUCUAUGGGGAGAAGGGGGAGAUUGGCGAGGGGGGUCCUCCGGGUUUUGGCCCUCAAGGCCCUCCAGGUUCACCGGGUUCUCCGGGUUUGCCUGGUUACCUGGGGCCACAGGGCUCACCGGGUCCUGAUGGAGACUCUGGACUGCCUGGGCUGGACGGUACGAAAGGUCUGACAGGGCUGGUGGGCCAUGACGGAGGCCCGGGGGGCUCUGGACGGACCGGGAUCCUCGGAGCUCCGGGAAGGAUUGGGGAGAGAGGGUUCAAUGGACGAGACGGAGGUCCCGGAUGUGAGGGCCGGAAGGGAGAGAAGGGCUGUGAAGGGGUCCCGGGGCCACCGGGAGAGACCAAGGUGGUCCAAAUCAAGGGAGGGAGAGGAAAACAAGGAACGUCUGGCAUCAAUGGCUUUCCUGGAGCUCGAGGAAGUAAAGGUGUGCGAGGAGCUGCUGGUAAGCCGGGUUUUGGGGGCAUUAACGGACCCUCGGGCAUCGUAGGACUCCCAGGACCCGAUGGUCCGUUCGGACCACCAGGAUCUCCAGGACCACCCGGACGCAAUGGUCCACCUGGAUUCAUCGGCUUCCCAGGAGAAACCGGAGAUCCGGGUGACCUGGGACGUCCGGGGAAAAAAGGAGAAUCUGGUCACCAAGGAUGUCCUGGACCUAAAGGUGAUAAAGGAGAGUCCAUCAGUAGUAUCGGUCCACCUGGAGACAAAGGGCCUCCUGGAGACAAAGGGCCCUUAGGAUCUCCUGGACCUCCAGGAGAUCCAGGUAGAGUCGGUUUCAUUGGGUCUCCGGGGCCGAGAGGGUGCAAAGGAGAUCCAGGGGAUCAAGGGGAACUGGGCCCAACAGGUGUAAUGGGCCCCACUGGUCCCAGAGGCCGUUCAGGUUUUCCAGGUCUACCUGGUAAAGUCGGUGCUGAUGGUCUUCCUGGACCUCCAGGCUUCCAUGGUCUCCCAGGUCCUCCCGGACCGCUCGGUCUCCAUGGACUUGACGGACUGAAAGGAGUAAAGGGGGACAUGGGGACCAGAGGUCUGGGUGAAGCGGGCCCUCCUGGUUUUAUUGGUCUUCCGGGGGAAAAAGGUCCUCCUGGUCCACCGGGAUACAGUGGUUCAUCCUCACCAGGCCCACCAGGACCAAAGGGCCCCUUAGGACCUACAGGGCCGCCUGGGAAUAUAGGACCUCCGGGUAAAUCCGGACCGGACUGCAACGUUCUGAUCCCGGGGCCUCGUGGAGAUCCUGGUCCUCUUGGAGAAGACGGAGAGCCAGGGUGUGUCGGUGAAAUUGGUGAUCCAGGUCAGAACACUCCGCUAUCUGGUGACGUCGGGGACAACGGAUACCUGGGAUGCGAGGGGCCUGGAGGCCCACAGGGACUUCAGGGGCCAAGAGGACUGCCAGGACAGCCCGGAGGUCCAGGAGAGAAAGGUACGCGGGGGUCCACUGGUCUGAUGGGAAUCUCUGGGCCUCAGGGUCCUAAAGGCUGUACUGGACCUGGUGGAACUACUGGACCAAAGGGGCCAACCGGAUUGGUGGGUCCAAAGGGGGAGAUGGGACGAGUCUUGUCCUGUUUCCCUCAGUCCCCAGCGCCGCCGGGGCCACCCGGCCCUCCAGGCCCAGACGGGAAUGUUGGCAUAGAGGGAGUGUUCGGCCAAAUCGGACCCAAAGGUCAGAACGGGGACUUCGGAUCUGAAGGACUGAUAGGCAUUAAAGGGGUCCCCGGUAUAGAUGGUGGACGAGGAGGCCCGGGCCGGCCGGGGGAAGACGGAGUCCUUGGAGCCAAAGGUUAUUCUGGUCGAAUGGGGGACCCUGGGCUGCCUGGACCCAUCAAGAACCUGAACUCGGGCUUCUUGCUGGUGUUGCACAGCCAAUCAAAUGUAAUUCCCUCCUGUCCAGUAGACAUGAGGGUUCUGUGGGACGGAUACAGUCUGCUGUACCUGGAAGGUCAGGAGAAAGCUCACACUCAGGACCUGGGUCAGGCAGGUUCUUGCAUGCGGGUCUUCUCCACCAUGCCGUUCUCCUCCUGCAACAUGGGAACCUGCUCCUACGCAAGUCGCAACGACAAAUCCUAUUGGCUGUCCACAACGGCGGCCGUCCCCAGCCUGCCAGUGGGCGGAGCCUCCAUCAAGGAGCACAUCAGCCGCUGUGUAGUGUGCGAAGCCCCCUCCUCACCGGUCACUCUGCACAGCCAGACCUCAGACCAGCCAGACUGCCCCCCCCACUGGAGGAGCCUGUGGACCGGAUAUUCUUUCCUAAUGCACACAGGAGCCGGCGAUGAGGGCGGCGGCCAGUCUCUGACAUCAUCAGGAAGCUGCCUGACGGACUUCCGGGCCCAGCCCUUCGUGGAGUGUCAAGGCCCUCGAGGAACCUGCCACUACUUCGCCAACAUCUACAGCUUCUGGCUCACCAGGGUGGAGGCCACCGCCUCGGCCUACGAGCAGGGCUCCUCCACCACGCUGAUGGAGGGCUGGCAGCAGAGGGAGAGCAUCGGGAGGUGCACAGUCUGCAUGAGGAAGUAAGGUGGAGGAGCACCACCUCCUCUUCCCCUCCACCUCUUCCACUUCGUCCUUCUCCACCUCUUUACUCAAAACUUAGACCCUUCUUCCACCUACGCCUGCUCUACCAGCUCCACUUCCUCCUCGUCUUCCACCUCCUCCUCCUCACUUCCUGCAGUGUUUGCAGAGUCUGACUGGACCGAGAAGAAGAGACUUGUUGGUUUGUCUCUCUGAUGAGAUGUUAAAGGUCAGGCAAUCAAUCAAUCAAUCAAUCAAUCAAUCAAUGUGAUUACAUUCUAAUACUAAACAUUUCACACACAAAAUAAAAAAACUAUCCAUUUUGUUUGCUCAUUAAACCAGAUUGGUUUUAUCUGGAUGACAUUUAUUUUGAAAAUAAUGUGAUGGACCAGCUGAUUGGUUAGUGGCGUUAAGCCCCGCCUGCCGGUGUGAAAACUACUUCCGUUUGGGCGGCCGAGUGGAAGCUGUAAAUAUUGUUGACAUUAAACCUUGAAUGAUGUUUUUGUUCCAGUUUUCUUCAAAGUUCAGAGUUUCUCGUUCUUUAUUCAUCACGUGGCUCAAUGAGUUUGAUCAUUUUCAGGAUGAGAUGACGUAGAUCAGGCUUCACGUCUCCGAAGCAGCUUGGUCUAAAUCACCAUAGCAACACAUGGAGCAACUUGAACCUGAUGAUGGAACAUCUACUGUCAUACUGUCCUUCAUACUGUCCCUCACACUGUCUCUCACACUGUCCUUCACACUGUCCCUCAUACAGUUUCUUAUAGUGUCUCUCACACUGUCUCUCACACUGUCCUUCACACAGUCUCUCACACAGUUUCUCACACUGUCCCUCACACUGUCUCUCACACUGUCCUUCACACUGUCCCUCAUACAGUUUCUUAUAGUGUCUCUCACACUGUCUCUCACACUGUCCUUCACACAGUCUCUCACACAGUUUCUCACACUGUCCUUCACACUGUCUCUCACACUGUCCCUCACACAGUUUCUCAUAGUGUCUCUCAUAACUAUCAGUUAGACUCUUUGGGCUCGUUUCUCACACAUUUAACCUGUCUGUGAUACUUUGGCUUGUAGCCUGCAGGUGGCGCUGUCACUUUUUACCUCGAUUGUUUGAUUUAUUUUAUUUUCUAUCGCAAAUUUGCCUCACAGGGCUUUACAGUCAUGUGACCUCCUCUGUCCAGAAACCUCAUGAAAUGAAAGGGCAUUAUUUCUGGAGAAUAAAGGGAACCUUUAGAGGGACAGGAUGGACAGAAUGAACAAUACGAUCAAUUGAUCCGACAGAAAUGAUUCAAAUACACUUAUGAUCUCCUCGUAACCAUCAUCGUCUCCUCGCCUUCCUUCCCGUCUAUUUGUGCUGUUGGAGAAUCCUGACUCCUCCGCCUUAGUAGUGAUGGGGAUUUGGGGGAUUUUACUAGACGGAGCCCAAACCGACACAACAAUAAUUGAAAUGCCAAAGCAAAAUGUUUUCUUCAAAUUGAACAAUUGAUGAACUGUUUAAACAAUACUGUAAAUAUAAAUAAAUAAAAAACACUUGGCUUCAAACUUUUUAACUUCAAACUCACACUUGAUCCUCAUGUUGACCUCCUCUAUCACCUACUGUGUAGUCAGUACGGAUGAUAUUGGUCCUUUGGUACCUUUGGUAUGUUUCAGCUCAGUUGGUCCUUUGUCUCCUUCAGUGCAGACCACGGGGUGUACGGUCCGGGGGCCCCUGUCGGGCCCU